AGCCUCCUUCAUGCAGCUGUGGUUCUUGCGGAUAUGAACUAAACCUAAAUUCCUCCACUCGCAAUACCUCUAUGAUUGGUUCCAAGUACGGAAAGUCCAUGAAGAAAGGGAUCAUAUCAUUUGUCUACAUAGACGAGGGCAAAUUCACUCAGGUUGAUCAGUCCCAAUGUGUACCCUACUUUAUUUCCAAACGCUUGUGGGGCUUGUUUCGCCGCAGAACAAAACUUCUGUGUCGGAAGUGUGGUAACCAUGUGGGAAAUGCUUAUGAUGAUAAUGAUACAUCUUACCAACUUGUAGCGGAUGGAUCAGAAUCUACCUCAGGCAGUGAAAUAUCAACACAAAGAAAAUACAAUGUCAGAAUCCGUGCCUUGCAACCUUCCUCUUCGGUAGAACCUGGUAUUCCACUCAUCGUAUAGUGUGUGCAUGUUUAACUUUUUGUAUGUGUGCAGUGAAGAGCCCUUGCCCUACACUUUCAGUCUCUGAUCAUUCGGUAGCAUCAACGUCCAAGUCAAGUUUGUUUGAGUGUCUAUAUAUUUCGAUUUUUCUAGAAGGCAGAAAAUUCACUUGGGAGAUGUGUAAAGCGUUCCUGUGUGUAACUUGGUUGUUUCCCUCUAUUGCUGUAUGUGUUAAUCUCUCUCCAUAGGUUUUGUACUGAAUGUGAUAUGUAAAUAGGCGGUUUCCAGGGUAGGAUUGUGAAUGAAGUUGUGUGAGUUUUGAAGGGCUUUGAAUUAACAAGCAGAUGUGAUGAAAGUUCCCAAAAACUAGGGAAAAAAAUCUGCAGUGUAAAAUUGAAUGAUACUUGAUUGUUGAGCAGGGUUUUGAAUGGAAUCUCUGUUAGUC